CAACCCGUGAUACCCUACACAGACAUUCGUCAUUCAAAAGACGAAUAUUCAAAUCGUUAACCCCAAUCUGAGCACAAUCAAGCUUUGGAUUUUCCGAUCCGAGAUUCCAUUCUUCGAGAUCGACUCACAGGUGCAUAUACACACAGGACAGAAGCAAUCGGAUUUUGGGAGAAAUAAAACGAUGGGGGUAGGUGCUAACGUGCGCGUGGUGCUCCUGUUGUUUUUGCUCUGCGUCGUGCAGAGGAGCGCGGCCAUAUGGUUGAGUUUGCCGGCGACUGGGACCAAGUGCGUCUCGGAAGAAAUCCAGAGCAACGUCGUCGUUUUGUCCGAUUACGUCGUCAUUUCCGAUGACCACACCCACUCCACCCCCACCAUUUCCGCCAAGGUCACUUCACCAUACGGGAAUAACCUCCAUCACCAGGAAAAUGUCACACAUGGUCAAUUCGCUUUUACAACUAGCGAGAGUGGAAACUAUCUAGCUUGUUUUUGGAUCGAUGGCAAUAAUCAAGGAGGUGGGGAUGUAAGUCUCAACAUUGACUGGAAGACAGGUAUUGCAGCCAAGGAUUGGGAUUCGGUUGCAAGAAAGGAGAAAAUCGAGGGUGUUGAGCUUGAGCUAAGAAAGCUCGAAGGAGUAGUGGAAGCCAUCCAUGAAAAUCUUCUGUAUCUCAAAAGCAGAGAAGCGGAGAUGCGGAUUGUGAGUGAAAAAACGAAUGGUCGGGUGGCUUGGUUCAGUAUCAUGUCAUUGGGAGUCUGCAUUGUGGUUUCGGCUUCACAGAUAUGGUACUUGAAGCGAUAUUUCCAAAAGAAAAAGCUGAUUUAGACGAAAAAAAAACACACGAAAUUUUAGGUUUGUUUGAUGUAUUUUGUAUUUUGCUACACCGGCUUUUGAAACCUUAGAUUUUGUUUAUUUUUGCCUCGUGAAUGUAUAUUGUUAUUCUGCAGAAGGAUUAGUUGUUUCGUUUAAUACGAAAAUGUUUGUUUGCAU